AUGCAACAGAACCACAACACGUCACCACACGCCCCCAGUAUAGCCAACACAAUUGGAGGAGUAGGAAUCCUUCUAAGUCCAAAAGCUCUUUUAUCUCUUACCAGCGUCAAGAAGAUUUCUUCCCGUAUAAUCAUCACCAACUUCAAUGGGAAUCCAGCAACAACUAUUAUAUCUUGUUACAGUCCGACCAACGUUGCAGACGAACAAGAAGGAGACACUUUCUACAGCGAGCUAUCCCAUGCAAGUCGUACAGCACCAAAGCAUAACAUGCUGAUCUUAGGAGGCGAUAUGAACGCACAACUGGGUAAAAACCAACAUGGAAAAUAUGCUCUACAUGAAACAACAAACAGAAAUGGAACACAUUUAGAAAAUUUCCUGCAAGAAAAUGACCUCUGUUAUCUAAAUACCCAUUUUCAAAAGAAAAAGAGCGAGCUAUGGACCCACACGUACCCAAAUGGAAUCAAAGCACAACUCGACUAUAUCCUCAUCAAUAAAAAAUGGAUCAACAGUGCACACAACUGUGAAGCUUAUAGCUCCUUUGAAGGAGUCUCUUCAGACUACCGAAUUGUAUCGUGCAAAAUCCAACUCGGCCUACGUGCCAACAAAACAAAAACCUUAAAAAUACCUAGGUAUGACUGGCCUCAAUUUAUGUGCAAUACUAAUAUUCAAGAUAAAUAG